GGCUGGAGCUCUCAGGGCGUCAGAUAUAAAGGGUAGUUCCUCUUUGAGCUGAACCGUCCUGUCACUAUAUACAGGGCCAAUAGUGCGAUUUUUACAUUAGUUCUUUUACUUGAAGCAACUGAAAACAUGACCGCCUUCAAACUAGAGCUGCUCUUCCUCACCGCCCUGCUGGGUUUUCUGGGUUCAGUCCAAACAAGGUCUGUUGAUGCGGCAGGCUUGAAGAAUGUCCUGAAGGGUGUAGAUGACACUGUGACAGGUGACAUGUGUCUGGACUGCACUCAGAUUUUUGAGCUCCUGAAAGACCUUGUUUCCAAUCUUGAUUUCCAGGAGAAACAGAAUAAGGCCAGAUUAAUUGCUACCUUUGAUCAAGCGUGUGAUAGUUUGCCUCCCAAAUUUGCUCCAAUCUGCCACAAUCAAGUGGACAAGCUUCUUCCUCUGGCCAUGACCUUCAUCACCAACUUCAUGAAUCCCUCUGAAAUCUGUACUUAUCUUGGACUGUGUGGUGGCCGUGAUAGUGGCAAGAUUAAAGACCUUCUGCUUAAUCACAUGUCGAAGACUGGAACAAUGCCACCUAUGCAGAUGGAGUCCUCUGUCCAGUGCUCUGUUUGCACAUACAUCGUCAGCACACUUGGCUUUCUGUUCCCCAAAGAGAGGACUCAGGUGAAAUUCACAAUCACAUUGCACAAGUUAUAUACAUCUUAUUCAACAGGCUUAUU